AUGGAUUUCUCGUGCCGUGGCGCCUCUCCGCGUCUGCUCGUGUCCCUCCUGCUUCUCUCCCUCAGCGUCUUGCGGAUCCAGGCGCGCCACGGCCCCGAGAUAGCCGUUGCGGACGUUCAACAGCCCCUGAGCAGCCUUGCCGGGGAUGCCGCAAAUCAUUCUCAUCGGCAGCUCGACUCGCAGUCUCCCGAGGUCGGAGCACCCGGCGAAUGGCGCCAGCAUGAUGCCUCCGCCAGCAGGAGCGGCGGAGGGGGGGCGGCCAGCACGACGGGCGCGGGGAGCGGCGCUGCGGAAUCGAUUGCGGAGUGGAAGCGGCGAUCAGCGGAAGCGGGCGCGCACUUCUUCCCCCUGCAGCGCGCGGAAGACGCCCCCAGCAGGGACGAGAUACACCGCCGCAUUCUCGGGUCCAGAGGCGUGGGGGGCGGCUUGAGGGGCAGGGGAGAGACAAGCAGGGGUUCGGAUCCCUUCACAAUAGGCGCACGGUCCCAGUUCCUCCUCUGUGACCUCCCCUUUCUCCCCCCACCCCUCCUUCCCCCCGCACCAUCGCGCACAUCUCUGUCUUCCCCCCACCAGCGUACGGCCAGCAGCAAGCCCUUCAGCAAGCUCUCCUCCACAACCCUCAAGUACGUCUCCUGCGCCGACCAGCGCUGCCAAGGGGGCCUUGAAUCCGGUUACUACGGCUGCAGCACAGAAGGGUUCAACAACUACCUCAACCUCACAGGCAUACUGCCUGGGGACGACGCUCUCUGUGUGUACGAUGCGAUCACAGACAUCUACGACAACUAUGAAGCGGACGUUGAAUCGGAAUCAUUGAUUGGGUCAGCGGGGCAUGUGGUGGAGGACACGACGGGCCACUGGGGCAUGCAGGGGUGGCCGUACGGGUCGUGGUCAGCAGGAGGCGUGCUGGGGCUUGGGUGGUACAGUUCUUUCCUCUGGCAGGUCACCUCCAUCAAUGACCCAAGCGCCUUCGCGCUGUGUUUGGACAAGCCCACGCCCACGAACAAGACAGGGUGGAAUGGCCAGGUGCCGCUGCAGACAGGCAGCAGCCAACUCACCAUCGGAGCCACCAGCCUGCCUGCCGGCGCCAGCUACGCCACCAUGUAA